AUGGAUCCCGGGCAGCAGCCGCCGCCUCAGCCGGCGCCCCAGGGCCCGGGGCAGCCGCCCGCGCAGCCCGCUCCGGGCCAGGGCCCACCGUCCGCGCCGGGGCAGCCGGCUCCUCCAGUGUCCCAGGCGGCGCCGCAGGCCCCCCCGGCCGGCCACCAGAUUGUGCACGUCCGGGGGGACUCGGAGACCGACCUGGAGGCGCUCUUCAACGCCGUCAUGAACCCCAAGACGGCCAACGUGCCCCAGACCGUGCCCAUGAGGCUCCGGAAGCUGCCUGACUCCUUCUUUAAGCCGCCGGAGCCCAAAUCCCACUCCCGACAGGCCAGUACCGAUGCAGGCACUGCAGGAGCCCUGACUCCACAACAUGUUCGAGCUCAUUCCUCUCCAGCGUCCUUGCAGCUGGGAGCCAUUUCUCCUGGGACAUUGACCCCCACUGGAGUAGUCUCUGGCCCAGCACCUACACCCGCUGCCCAACAUCUUCGCCAGUCUUCUUUUGAGAUACCUGAUGACGUACCUCUGCCAGCAGGCUGGGAGAUGGCCAAGACAUCUUCUGGUCAGAGAUACUUCUUAAAUCACAUUGACCAGACAACAACAUGGCAGGACCCCAGGAAGGCCAUGCUCUCUCAGAUGAAUGUUACAGCCCCCACCAAUCCACCAGUGCAGCAGAAUUUGAUGAACUCGGCCUCAGGUCCUCUUCCUGAUGGAUGGGAACAAGCCAUAACUCAGGAUGGAGAAAUUUACUAUAUAAAUCAUAAGAACAAGACCACCUCUUGGCUAGACCCAAGGCUUGACCCUCGUUUUGCCAUGAGCCAGAGAAUCAGUCAAAGUGCUCCAGUGAAACAGCCACCGCCCUUGGCUUCCCAGAGCCCACAGGGAGGUGUUGUGGGUGGUAGCAACUCCAGCCAACAGCAUCAGAUGCGUCUCCAACAACUGCAGAUGGAGAAGGAAAGACUUCGGUUGAAACAGCAAGAGCUGCUUCGGCAGGCAAUGCGGAAUAUCAAUCCCAGCACAGCAAAUUCUCCAAAAUGUCAGGAAUUAGCUCUUCGUAGCCAGUUGCCAACACUGGAGCAGGAUGGUGGAACUCAAAAUCCAGUGUCUUCUCCCGGCAUGUCUCAGGAAUUAAGAACAAUGACGACCAAUAGCUCAGAUCCCUUUCUUAACAGUGGCACCUAUCACUCUCGAGAUGAGAGUACAGACAGUGGGCUAAGCAUGAGCAGCUACAGUGUCCCUCGGACUCCAGAUGACUUCCUAAACAGCGUUGAUGAAAUGGAUACAGGUGAUACUAUCAACCAAAGCACCCUGCCCUCACAGCAGAACCGUUUCCCAGACUACCUUGAAGCCAUUCCUGGGACAAAUGUGGACCUUGGAACACUGGAAGGAGAUGGAAUGAACAUAGAAGGAGAGGACGUCCAGACCCCGCCCGCUCCCCGCUCCCCGCGCCGCAGCCAAGGAGGUGGAGCCCGCGCCGUGCUGUGCGCAGCAGGCUGGCGAGAUGCUGGUCGCGCCGCCGCUCACGCAAACUUCAGCCCUUGUGAACCCGAGUACAGCUCCGUGACAGACCCCCUGGCUAAGAUUGCCAGUGCCGAUUUAACCUCUGAGGCUUCCUCUAAACACAGGAAACCUACUCCGGAGGAAUUGGCUCCAAGGUGUGGGUAA